CAGAAACAAAAUGGUAGUCGACCAUCAGAAGAGUCUGCACGAGAAAUUGUAUGGAAAAAUUUUUUGAGUUUGCAGAAAAACUCUAACUGGAUAAUAGCUAAUAAUGAGGGAAAAGAGUUAGAUAUAAAUGAGUGGAACCAAAUUGCGCAAAAUCCUCAAAAAUAUGGUUCAAAGUUGAAUACAGAACAAGUACAAUAUAUUCAAUCUUGCUACAAACAACUGGAUGAAGGUGAAAAUCAAGAUUUCCAGGAGUUUGUAACGGAUAUAUUUAUAAUUUUAACAAAUAUUUGGGAACGAAAAGACCUUGAUGAGGGGAUGUGGGAGGCAUUGUUCAUGACACCUUUUAUUGAACUUUUUAAGCAAAAUCAAAAUGCUGGAAGACGUAAAACUACAAAAGGAGAAAAAGGUUUAGAAAGUCCUAGUUUACGUAAGCAAUUGCAAAAGCAGCAAGAAAAAGAAAAUUAUAAUAUAGCAGAUUCAAGAGCUGAAAGCUGGCAUACAGUUAAUAAUCCACAAGACUCAGAUGAUGAGAAGGUUUAUGUUUUAUUACAAAGUAAAAAGUCUGACGUGAAUAAAGAGUCAGAUACAUCAAAAAUCCCGAAAAUACUCUUAUCGAAAAAUAAGCUUGAGGUUACAAAAAUGAAAAAUGUUAAUCAACAGGCUUAUUCGCAAAGUGUAAUUAAAAGCAUUGCAUUUCAUCCAAAUGCACAAAUUGCCAUGACUGCAGGAUUGGAUAAAACAAUGCGCUUAUUUCAGGUUGAUGGUAAAAUUAAUCCAAAAAUUCAAUCAGCUGUACUGAAAGAUCUACCAAUUUAUCAGCAGCGUUCAAUCCAAAUGGAACAGAAAUUAUUGCCGCCGGUCAAAAAAAAAUAUUUUUACAUAUUUAAUAUUGAAACUGGAAUUAUAGACAAAUCUAAUGUUUUGGUCAGCAAUAAAACGAAGCAAUGGGCCUCAAACAUGAAAAUGAAUGGUACAGUUGAUUGGUCUAGUGAUUGCCGAUAUUUAUAUUCAGUUGGAGGGGAUACCAAUGGGAUGCUAGUAUGCGAAGAUGUGUUCAUCGGUUUAGGGAUGAUGGAGGAUUCAAACCUACAAAGAUAUCAUUAUCAAAAAAUGGAAAAUAUUUUGCUAUCGCUAUUGGCGGUCAGUGGACAUGUCCAAUGA